CGGCAUUGCUUGUCUAUGCGCCCUACGAACCUGCAGCAACUUGACUGUCAUUGUGCAAUCGUGGUCAACGUACUGUCUGUAAUUCCUCCAAACUUCAAACAGAGGGCAGAUUUGCAAUUGCAAACACCACACAGGGCGCAGCAAUCUCUUCUUGGAUGCAUAAAUUUCGAAAAUGAACAAAUAUACUUUUUUAUAUAUCCUGUGCAUUUUGCAGAGCGGAGUUCCCAAGACAUCUUAAUCACUAGCAAAUUGCGCACCAAAAGGCAGAGUUGUCAAGAUGGCACUUACCAGCAUGAGGGAAUGGCAUGCUGUCUCUGUGCGGCUGGCCAACAUCUGGAGAGCCACUGCAGUGUGAGCCCAGAGGAUGGGACCUGUGUUUACUGUGAUGAAGACAGGACCUACAACAGUGACCCCAACUCUCUGGACUCCUGUGAGCCCUGCACUUCCUGUGACCCUAAAGCCAAUCUGGAGGUGGAGGACAGAUGCACCAUCUUCAAGGAUUCAGUAUGUCGAUGCCAGCAGGGCCACUACUGUAACAAGGGGAAGGAGCACUGCAGGGCCUGCUACCCAUGUACCGUAUGCAGUGAAGAGGGCAUCAAGGUAGCCUGUAGCGCCACCAACAACACCAUAUGCCAUGCCUUCAAAGAACAAGGAAGCAAUUUGGCAGUAGUAUUUGUCCUGACUACUGUUCUUCUUGUCGUUUUGAUUGUGAUCAUUUGCCUGUGGCGAAAGAAGAAAUGUUGUUUUGGGCCAAAUGGUGGUUUGACAGAACUGCCCAACCGGAGUUCAGAGGAAAUGCAGCCACUGAGAGGUGUUAAUCUCUGGCCACACCUCCCAGACAUCGCUAAGACCUUGGGGUGGAGGGACAUGAAACAGGUGGCCGAGUGCAGUGGGAUGACACAUACCGCCAUAGAAUCCCACCAGCUGAACUUUCCCAAUGACUCCCAGGAGCAAUGCUCCAGCCUACUGAGGGCCUGGGUGGAGAAGGAGGGGAUGACCACAGCCUCUGAGACACUGGUCCAGACUCUACUCCGCCUGAAGAAAAAGGUCAAGGCAGAGGAUAUCGUGGCUAUCAUCAGCAACAAGGAGGAUGGCGUCACAGGGAAAAACUCAGGAUCAGGACAGGUGUAGAUACUGUAUGUACAGUAUGGUUAAACCACUGCCUUUAACCAUGGACAGAUGACCGGGAAUAUGGCCGAAUAUAAACAGUCUAGUUAUUCCCUCCACAAGGCAAUCAAAAAUGUGAAAUGUUGUUAUAGGGACAAAGUGGAGUCGCAAUUCAACGGCUCAGACACAAGACGUAUGUGGCAGGGUCUACAGGCAAUUACGGACUACAAAAAGAAAAUCAGGCACAUCAUGGACACCGACGUCUUUCUUCCAGACAAACUAAACACAUUCUUUGCCUGCUUUGAGGAUAAUACAGUGCCACCGAUGAGGCACGCUACCAAGGACUGCGGGCCCCCCCUCUCCUUCUCCGUGGCUGACAUGAGUAAGACAUUUAAACGUGUUAACCCUUGCAAGGCUGUUGGCCCAGACUGCAUCAACCAUUGUUCCUGGACUUUCAGGGUGUGUGCUCAGCCCCCUCCUGUACUCCCUGUUCACCCAUGACUGUGUGGCCAUGCACAUCUCCAACUCAAAUCAUCAAGUUUGCAGACGACACAACAGUAGUGGGCUUGAUUACCAACAACGGCGAGACAGCCUACGGGGAGGAGGUGAGGGCUCUCGGAGUGUGGAGUCAGGAAAACAACCUCUCACGCAACAUCAACAAAACAAAGGAGAUGAUCGUGGAUUUCAAGAUACAGCAGAGGGAGCACCCCCCUAUCCACAUCGACAGGACAGCAGUGGAGAAAGUGGAAUGUUUUAAGUUCCUCUGCGUACAUAUCACGGACAAACCAAAAUGGUCCACCCACACAGAAAGUGUGGUGAAGAAGGCAACAACGCCUCUUCAACCUCAGGAGGCUGAAGACAUUUGGCUUGUCACCUAAAACCCUCACAAACUUUUACAGAUGCACAAUUAAGAGGUGGGACAGCUAAACAGCCAUCACUAACACAGAGAGACUCAAAUCAUUGGCCACUUUAAUAAAGGUAUCACUAGUCACUUUAUUAAUGUUUACAUAUCUUACAUUAUUUAACUAGACAAGUCAGUUAAGGACACAUUCUUAUUUACAAUGACGGCCUACACCGGUCAAACCCAUACGACGUUGGGCCAAUUGUGCACCAACCUAUGGGACUACCAGUCAUGGCCAGUUGUGAUACAGCCUGGAUUUGACCAGUGUCUGUAGUGACGCCUCCAGCACUGAGAUGCAGUGCCUUAGAAGCACAAGCAUUUCGCUACACUUGCAUUAACAUCUGCUAACCAUGUUUAUGUGACCAAUAACAUUUUCGUAGUACUGUUCAUGCCAGUCAAGAUGCCAGUAUAGCUGGGUUUAACAGUCUCUUGAGGUUCAGUUUCAUCAGUAACAGGUAAGACCUCUGUUGUUGCAGGGACAAGCUCAUCCGAGUCCUAAUGAGAUAAAGCCAUCAGCAGCUUCAUCCUGUGCUGUGACUCCUUGAGCUGUUGCAUUCAGUAAUUGGUCCACAUUUGUGCGCCGGAUCAUGUUGGGGCCUACAUUCACAAUGUAGGUCAAGGGUCCUGUCUUUGACACAAUUUCGCCAGCUUGCCAUUUCUGGUUUGGGCUCUUGUAGUUUCUGGCAAUAACUUCCUGUCCAAUGUCAAAGGUUCUGAGUUGUGUUUGUUUUUGUUUUGGGGAACACUGUUUCUGUUGAAUGUGUCAGCAGGUUUGCAGGUAGCAAAUGGAAAUAAAAUUGCAUUGUACAUUAGAAUAGUUAAAUCCGUCUUUCUUUCCCAAGUCAAAUGUAUCCCUCUCUACCUCCCCAAUUUCUCUCCCCUUUACACCAGCCAAGCCAAGCUUCUCUCAACCUCCCAUCCUUGUCAACCCAAGCCAAGCUUGGCCUUAUUUCUCAUUCUUGGUCAUCCUUGCCCACCCUUACCCACCCAAGCCAAGCUUGUCCCAACCUCUCAUAUUUUCCCACUCUCUCUUCCUCUCAGACACACAAACAUUCACCCACACACAUACCUACACUCACACACACACACACACACACACAUAGAAGUUAUUGACAUACAUGCUAUGUCAUCCCAUUUGUAUUUUUAUCGGUGUCCAUGUAGCCCAUUGGCAUCGGAUACUUCUAUCAUUAAUUUAUUGAGCAGAACAGUUGCUUGGGAAAGUCUAGUGUAGAUUGUUUUGGGGGAGGGGGAAUUAAUAUUGUCUCAACUUACGAUAAACUGGUUUUAGGCAUCAUUGGAUCUAGCCUAUAUUGUGCUCAUCGCUUUUUCCCGCGUCAUUCUCUUCUCAGUAAAUGGGACUCUCCUUGUUGAACUGGAAAGGUUUCUUGCAGCUUGAUUUGGGCUUCGUCGGCGCUUGUGAAUUCCAUCCUUUACCUUCCCUUCCAUACCUCCCUUACAUACCCACAGCACUGCUGGGAAGUCGGAGCUGAGGUUUAAUCCCUUUUUCCUCCAGUGACUGUCUGAUCGGGAUGUAAUCCAUGCGUCUUUUUCUCAGCUUUGCAGACAGGCCCUGGUAGAAUCGAAUAGUCUGGCUGUGGAUUUUAAUUCAGUUCAACCAUUUAUCUAUAACAUGACCCCUCAACACAUACCCAAUACACCACAUCUCCUCACCUCCUACUUAAAUUGUCACCAUUAUGAGCAACAGUCAUGAGAAGGUACUUUGAGCAACUAGGUGACAACUGCUGGGUCAGGGUGUCACCCAGUAAUAGUUGUGAUCCUCUUACGAACUGGUGGUUCUUUUGGUGUUGCUGUACUCAACUUAACUGAUCUGUGUGCCUUUUCCAGAUGACAUCCUCUGCAUUCUGGACAGUGUAGUACACAGGACUAGUCUGAGAAAUGAGUUUAGCAUGAACCCACUUUGGUCCGCUGAGGUAGUUUCUUGGGACUCUAGCUGCAGACACUAACUUGCGAUGCGCAUCCACGGACACAAGAAACAUUCUGUCUUUGAAUGGACCUGCAAAGUUGAUGUGUGUGUGUUGCCAUGCCUCCUCCAACCAAUCCUACAGAUGAAGAGGUGCAAGUUGAGGUAUGUUGCGAACCUUCUGACAAGGAUUUUUUCCCCGCUUUUUCCUCGAUGCUUACAUCAAAAAGACGUCAUGAAAAAUAUGUGUUACUCUGGUUGUGAUCUGGAUAUAAGACGUCCCGACCAGAUUUCAACUCGACAAAUACGUCUUUUGUCAUGUUCUAUGCCCACUGGGUGGUGUAUGGUUGUAGGCAGUUUAUAUUUGUCAUGCAGCCAGCUAUUUUAAUUUUGCAAAGGUCUUUGUUGAAUUGUUUUCCAUUGAGUCAAUGUAUUUUGUUUAUACCCAUGUAAGUCAUGUGAUGUAUACUGUAGGCAUAAAGAUGGGCCCUAUUUUAUUGAAAAAUACAACAACUAUAGCCUUUAACAGUAUUUGACAUCUUCACUUCACAUCUCUUGUAUUCUUAUAAAUGUGCGCUGCAUUGUAUGCUAUUCUGUUGAAAUGCAGGCCAAAUGAGCAACAGUCAUGAGAAGGUACUUUGAGCAACUAAAAUAGCCAAAUAAAGUCAGUCAUGGGAGAAUAAAAAAAUAAAAAAAUGUUGACAUGGUAUAGGCCUACAAUGUUUGUCUCCAUUAUGUUUUUCCUGGCUCUACAACUUUCAUACCUUUAGUCUGAGGGAGAUUUCAAGGAACAGACUAAAUCCACCAUUAAUUAACAACUUUCAUUAGUCAAGAUGACACAACUUCAUGGCAUAUAGGCAGUUGUAUCAAUGGUAUGCUACAUUGCAGUUUACAGGGGAAGUGCCAAAUAGUUGUUCAACAUCUCAAAGGCUAACAGUUUAUUUGGCAUUUCACUGUACAUGCUUGUAAUUUUAGUUCUAUAAAAAAUGUGAACAUUUUGAAAAGGCGCUUA